UCUCCAUCUCCCUCCUCCGUGCACGGCGGCUCGGACGGGGCUCACCCGGUGCUCGCGACCCCGAUAGGGGUAGUCGCCCGCCCCGAGAAGGGGUAGACGCCCGCGAGCGAGACCCGAUCGAGGGGUCGCGAGAGUGGGUGAGUCGCGGACGAGCCGCCGUGCACGGAGGGCGGGAGAGAGGGAGAGAGAGAGACGAGCCACUGGGCGGCGCGGCGGGGGUGAUCGGGCGGCGGCGGCCCGGCGAUCGCGCGGGGACGCGCUCUGUUCGCGCCUGGGUUGUUCGUGGAAGAGAGAGAGUGCGGUGGGUGUCGGAUAAGCCCGGGAACUGGGCCGGGCCGGGCCGGGCGGGUCGAAAGAGGGUACUGCUAAGGAUUUCUCCCUCGCAAUUCUCUCUCUGCCUCUGGGUAUCUUGCGACCGACGUUUCCCUCGUCGACCAUUUGGCGAUUUCCUGCUUUCGAAAGUCCUGCCGAGUCUUCGGUGAAGUCAGUGGCGUCGCGAUCAUCGGAGACGCCCGAUCGAGCGGUUCCUGCUUGGGUCUGAAAGGCCGUUUCUCCCCCCACCGAGCUCGACGAUUUCAGGGCAUGCACUGAUUGAUCAUUCCUCUGAUUAUAUUGUGGCUCUGCUGAUAAAAGUGGAGUGAGACUCAUAGCGGUUUAAGGCGACUCUGCUAAUUGAAAGAAUUUCCCUGGAGGUUACUCUUUGGCAUCUGAUUUUAUUGGAAAUGAAGAUAAAGAAUGCCAAUGAUGGUGCUCUAACAAACUUUGAGGUCCUGAGUUUCUUACAGUCUAGAGGCGCUUCAAAGGAAGUGGCUGCAACAGUUGCACCAUCAGAAUACAAAGUUUUCCAGUACUUAGUCAACACCGCUGUGGACAAGCAAACAAAAGAGAGUGUUUCUGACCUUUUGGGGAAGGUGAAAAAGUAUGACCUUGCAAAAGCGGAGGUGCUUAACAUUAUCAACCUUAGACCAACUUCAGCUGUUGGUAUUUAUACGAUUGUUGAGAAAUGCGAUGCCCGAUUGGGAGAAGAAGGAGCCCAAGAUCUUGCGGACAUAGUGACCGAGGUAUCGCCACCUCCAGAGGAACCGCGGUCCGAAGAGGGUCUUCCUCAGGCAAAUGAUGUUUGAUGCUUGAAAGGACCGCGAAGAUGCACGAUGCUGAUCACCUAAAUUUUUUUGCCCAAAAGGCCUUACUGCAUUUUAAAGAAAAUUAGGAGUAGAAUUCGUCUACCCUUGACAAAAAAAUCCACAUCACAUCUUACUUUCUUCAUUUGGAGACGAGCUGAACCUAACUUUAGCUUUGUACUGCCAUUAACUCUCUCUCUUUUUCUCCUAUGUUCGGUUUUUUGGGACUGUAUUGGCACUUUUUUCACGACACUGGUCAAACUUGUUCAUUAGCAUGUUGAGUAUAUAGUGGGAAUUGCAUAUUCCAUGCCUAGUCA